UCCCUUAUAAAUUGCCUUGACAAAAUAAGGCAUUUUUCCUCCCUUUCAUAGUCUCCUCCAUUACUUCUAGUUUUCAAAAUCUUCUUCUUUCAUCAUUUCAAAUAUUCAACUUUUUAUUCAUUUUUCACGAUGGACUCAUCGGAAAACUCCGCCGGGAAGUCGCCGAAAAGAGAACUCCAAGGUCCCCGGCCAACGCCACUCAAAUUACGUAAAGAUUCACACAAGAUUAAAAAACCACCGGUGGGGCCACAUCAGCACCACCAAUUGCCACCUCAUCAUCAACCACCACCACCACCACGACCACCCAUUAUAAUAUACACCGUGUCCCCAAAGGUAAUCCAUGCAAACCCUAGUGAGUUCAUGUCUUUAGUCCAACGACUCACCGGACCAAAUUCCACGUCAUCAUCAUCAAUUUCCUCAUUUCCUUUUCAAGAAAAUAUUAGCGCGAUAUCUCCGGCUGCUAGGUUUGCUUCAAUAGAGAAUACAAGAACUACAAGAGGGAAUAUUAAGAGAUCACAAAUUACUAGUUGUGACAUGGAAAUGGUUAAUCAUGAAGAGAUUGAGAUAAGUAGAGAAAUUGAAAGAAGCUGUAGUGGAGUUUUUCCUCAAGGUAUUUUGUCACCAAAUCCAUCUUCUCUUCAACCUAUAUCAUCAAAUUUCUUCUCACCUCCAUCAGCUGGAUUUUUCCAUGAUUUAAGUCCUGAAUUACAUCAUAAUAGGAAUUAUUUUGAACAUAGUAGUAAUUAUUUGCCUAGUCCUUCAAAUUUUAUUUCACCUACCAUAAUUCUAUCUCCAAGUACUCCUUCUUUUGACCUUUUCAAUAACAUCUUUGACCAAUAUAGAGAGAAAUAGAAACAUUCUCUUUAGAGAAGGAUUUAAGAUUUGUACUUUACGCGAUGAGUUUGAAAUUCUAUCACAUCACAUUUGA